CCAUGACAGUCUUCUUCUUCUUCUUCUUCUUCUUCUUCUUCUUCUUCUUCUUCUUCUUCUUCUUCUUCUUCUUCAGUCCUUGUCUUUUACCGUCUCUCUGCUUCCCGCUAGGCCAUCGGUUUUCGUUUCUCCCAUUCAUGCACUGAUACUAGGUGCUUUGCGACGUUCAUGGCCGAUUUGACAGGGAGGAGCAUGGAACCACCAGCUGCUGCAUGGCCACCCUGCGGCUUUCCGGCCGACUGGUCCAUGGAACCUUUGUGGAUUCCUGGCUACCCUGCCGAUUCUGCAAUGUGCUUCCAAACACAUGUUCCUAGCAGCUCUAGCGGAGGGCAGCUGCAGCAGGUUCAGCAUGCGGCAGCCAUAGCACCAAAUUUAGCCAUCCAAGAAGAAGAAGACGAAGAAGAUAAUGAUGAGGAAGAAGAAGAAGCACAAUACAAGAUGGAAAUGGAGAUCCACGACCCGAUCCAAGUAUUCACAGAAGCAACACAUGAAUUCAAGGUCGACAUCGACAUGAGGGACAUGAAGAUCCAUAGGUACCCUGCAAGCAUUAAACGUCUCAAAGGCUCCUACACCGCCCCGGCGACGGUGGCCAUCGGGCCUUACCACCAUGGGAAGGACCGCCUCAAACCCGCGGAGAAGGUGAAGCACGUGGCCGCCAACCACUGCAUCAUGGAGUCGGGGCGCUCCGUCCAAGAGAUGUACGCCGCGGUGGCCUCGGUCGCCGGCGAGGCCCGAGGGCUCUACGACAAGGACAUGGUGGCAGGUAUCGGCGACGAUGACUUCCUGCCCAUGAUGUUCUACGAUGCGUGCUUCCUGGUGCAAUACAUGCUCACGUGCACCAGUGGUGGCUCCGAGAUGGAUCCGUCGCUGCGCAGCUACUUCGACGGCAACGAUAGCGAUAUCUUCCACGACAUCAUGCUCCUCGAGAACCAGCUCCCGUGGCUGGUGGUCAAGACCGUCAUGGAGUUCAGGCCAGUGCCCUUGGAAGAGUUCAUCACUUACUUGAAAGAUGGCCUGCAAGACCGCAAAUUAACCGAGAAGAAGUCUCCGAUCUUGGACGAUAGCUACGAGCCGCCGCACCUCCUCGGCCUUCUCCGAUUCUACAUUGUAGGGAGAGGCAACACCAAGCGCAACCUCCUACCCCAAACCGAGUCGAUGUCGUUCUCCGUGAGCGCCAUCGAGCUCGCGGAAAUCGGCAUCACGCUGACAGCCAACAAGACCAGCGAGCUCAUAAAGAUGGGCGUCAAGAACAAGCGGGUCCUCUUCGCCGAGAUCUCCCUGUCGCCAUUGUCCCUGGACCAUGCGCGCGCGAGCUGGCUCGUCAACAUGGCGGCCUUCGAGGUAUGCACCACCCCAAACUUCCAAGCGGUCGACGACGAGGAGUCCGUUGUUAGCUCAUACCUCCUCCUCUUUGCCAUGUUGGUGGACCGGGAGGAGGACGUGCACGAGCUACGAAGGAAGCGUCUCCUCCAGGGAGGAGGAGGGCUCACCAACAAAGAGGCGCUCGACUUCUUCACCAGCCUUCAGGGUCUACCUCUCGGAUCCAGCUAUAUCCGCAUCAUGGAAGAGAUUGAGAAUUACCGGGUGAAGAGGCGAACGCAGACCAAGUUGCACGCCUUCGUUUACAAGAACUUGAGGAUCAUCGUUACUGUCUUCUCCGCUGUUGGUGUACUUGCCGGUAUCUUCGGCUCACUUAUGUCUCUCAGGAGAAGAUCUUAAUUUCUCUAAUUUCUUUUAGUGAACGUUCCUGCAUCUACAUCUAAUGCCAUUUGCAGUGAUGUUCUCCAUCUGUAUUAUUUAUGUCUAUUGGGCAUUGAAUCUGCAAAUACAUGUAUAUGAGAUUGUUUA